AUCACACCCGGACGAGACCAGAGGCUCGUUGGCUCUCCAGCCGUGCGGACGUGUUUGCUUCUACCCGCUUUCCUCGCUCCUCUCCCCGGACUCUUUACGGAUAUAUCCACCCCGCAAUCUCCUUUUCUUUGUUGGUCGCCUUUUUGCGCUCGUUUUCCCUUUGGACUACUACUCGUCUCAUGGUGUGCGCCGAUGCCAAGAGAUGGGUAAACUGCACUCGAAACAUGCCACUAUUUGCAAAGCGAGGGAGAGCCCGGAAGGCGACAGCUUUGUAGUCAAUGCCUGUUUGGCUCGGAAGGGACUGGACGACUGGCUGGUGAAGCAGGACUGUCACCUAAAGUCCAAGUGUGCCAUGGACACCAGGGACUCCUUGAAUGAAGUACGCACGCGGGGGAUUGGCGAUGAGCACUACCGCUUAGAAGUGGCUCUACCCCCGGAGAAGUCAGACAGCUGCUGCGUGGAGGAGAAGAUGCAGGAGAAGGACGGCCAAUCCCCCGCAGGGCCGCAGAAGCAGCUCCAGUUUGAAGAGUUGGAGUGUGCCGUGUCCAUGGAGGAGGACAACCGACAGGAGUGGACUUUCACCCUCUACGACUUCGACAACAACGGCAAAGUCACCCGAGAGGACAUCACCAGUCUUCUGCACACCAUCUACGAGGUGGUGGACGCCUCCGUCAACCAUUCGCCGAGCAGCAGUAAGACCUUGCGGGUCAAGCUGUCUGUGGCUCCGGACUCAAGCCAGCGGUGGAGGACUUGUACGCAAGGCGGCACAGAUGUUUGCCACCCUAGGGAGAGGAGUGACAAGUGUACAGAAGACCCCAGGAGCGCAGACAAGAAGAGUCGAGCGCUGAUAAGGCGCCACCACAGCGACCACCACGCCCAGCCGGGCUGCCAGCGCAACUGCAUGGACGAGAACCUCGAGCGACGGAACCACUACUUGGACCUGGCCGGCAUCGAGAACUACACGUCGCGCUUCGGAGCCGCGACCGCAACAGAACAGCCCAAGGCAGAACCCCAGACCAGGUCGUCCAACCAGACCCGCUCUCGCUCCCAUGAACCGGAGAACGGCCACCCCCAUCCCCACCAGCCCCACCAGCCCCACCACCGCCUGCAGCAGACAAUCGUGGAGGCCCCCGACAGUCACCACCCGGGGCGGACGCGGGGGCAGGACUCCGGUAAAGCCGUCCUGCGCUCUCCCAAGACCCACGGCCACGCCCCCGCCGCCCAGGUGGGCAGCCGGGUGAUGCGGAGCAGGGGUCUCCCGCCGCCGCCGGCGCUCCCCAGCCAGACGCCCCCUCACCAGUCGGCCGCCCCUUACCGCAAGCACAAGCAGCGCUCCAAGGAGAGCUACCGGGCGGUGUCGGGGCCGGUGGUGGAGAAGGAGCAGGUGAGGGAGCUGCCGGGGGUGCUGCUCUACGAGGGGCGGAUGGGGCAGGUGGUGAAGCGGCACGAGCACCAUCACCACCACGAACACCACCACCACUACCACCAUUUCUACCAGACCUGAACCACGGCCGCCCCUUUGGGACCCUUUUUUUUUUUCCUGUUAGGAGAGGCUGACACAGGAAGCCGUGUCAUCCAUGAUAAAUCAGUGUUAUGAACAGUUCCAGGACCACAGGACUAAGGAUCAUGAGGGGCCACAGGGGGAGGCCCCCAAAGCCACCGCCCAGCGAUCUUUGUGGCAACAUAGCAGAAGAUAGAAUCUUUCCAGACCACUAAGCCAAGUCGUUGAAGGACAGUGAUGCAAAGCUAUUUGAAGUGUGUGUGUGUGCUUGUGUGUGUGUGCAUGUGUGUGUGUGCUUGUGUGUGUGUGUGUCAAAAAACACUUUGUGUCUGCGUGACUAUUUAAAGUAGAAGUAAAAUGAAGAACCUGAGCAUUUUUUUGCGCUUGAAGGAAAUCCCCAAUCUGCUGCUACCUCCAUUUGAUGUUGGAAUGACUUGGCAUCAACAGGUUCAUUUCACAUUUGUUUUUUCAAUUUUGGUUCACAAUCAUCAGUAGUGAAGUUUACUUUUACUAACUCUGGACUGUACAUAAGUUUUAUAUUUAUAUGUGUAUGUAUGUAUAUACAGUAUAUAUAUAU